AUAUCUUUUUUAGUUACGCAUAAGCUACAUGAAACCAUUACCGACAGCAUCACCAUAGCAACACGUUGGCAAACACUGUGCUUAGGGUGCGAGCUAGCAAAACUGUUAGCGCGUCGAACAAAAAGCCAAGCGGCGGUUCCCUACGGUUGUUUACCUUCUGAGUUCGAAUGCUAACUGGAACUUUAUUGCUAGUGCUAACAAAGACAUGGGAUAGGACAGAAAAUGGGAGCUUUGCGUCACGGAAAAGCUACAUAUGAUCCAAUCAAAAGAUCUUGUAAAUAUGCGAAUACAUAAGAAAGCUACCUUAGUUUUCAUCCUGUUGGCAUUGUGUGGGUUUAUAGUCUACAAGAUGUCGUACUCUUUUGACCCAACAAUCCUACACCAAUACAAACCAAUUUGGGCAGAGGAUGAAAGGCUGAACGUCGUGUUCUUAUUUGCUGUUAAAUCUUAUCCAGAAAAUUACGAAUUGAGGAAAGCCAUAAGGGAAACAUGGGGCACAUAUAUAAGCUCUGGCUCAAACAGUAAGAUAUUAUUUUACAUGGGGCAAUCUUCACGCCCUGAAGUUAACACCAAAGUUGCUGAAGAGUCCAACCAUUAUGAAGAUAUUUUCCAGGGAGAUUUUAUAGACUCUUUUGAAAAUCAGAGCCUGUGUACUUUAACUGCUUUUAAAUAUAUGCUGAGAGUGUAUGCUCAAAUUAGAUUUUUAUUUAAGGUUGAAGAUUCAACAUUUAUUAACAUUCCACGCCUUAUACGUGUUCUGAAAAACAGAAGAGAACUGCUGCAUAGCUUUAUCAUGGGUCACAUCACAAAUCGUACCAAACCAGAACGAAACGAGAAGUCACCAUGGUACAUAUCAGAGAACGUAUAUCCAUCAAAUUCCUACCCAGUUUACGCACAGGGAGCUGCUUAUUUGCUAAGUGGGGACCUAAUACAGCAGUUGGUUAGAGAAUCAUUCAAAGUCCCCCUCAUUUGGAUUGAAGACAUUUUUAUAACUGGAAUUUUAGCGCAGAAUCUCAAUGUGAAUUACAUACACAGUAAAAAGUUUGGUUCGCCAGAGGAUAGUUGUGAAAACGGCGAGUACAUAGCCAUAUCACGUUUGCACACAGUCGAGGCUAUGAAACGCGCUUACCUAGCCAUUGAAAUCCCAAAUGAAAGGUGUGCUUAUGGAAUAAAACCCAAAAGAUGAUGACAGAGAUAAUUUAAAUCAAGAGAAAAAAAAGAAGUUAUACUGUAACGUUUUAUCCGUCUAUGUUUCGACAUCUUGUUUGAUUUGAGAAGAAAAACUAAGAAUGAUUCGAGAAAACUGUUUCAUGGGAGAUUACUCCUUACCUUGUAAAUAUAAUGGGCGUUUGGAGUUACGUCCCUUUAUACAUAUCAAGCCAGAACUCUCAUCUCUCAGUUUCUCUCUCUCUCUUAUCAUUAUUGUUUGUCGACACAUUUUUUUUUUGUCGAACUCUGCUGUUUUAUAUUAAAAAAAAAAAAACAACACUAGUUUGGUCUAUCACACCACAUCUUA